AUGUGGAAGCAAAACCUUUUCACAAUUUUCCUAUAUGGAGUCAUAAUUUUUAAUGCUGCAAUGGUAUUACUAAAACGUGAGCGAUGCAUCAGUUGUUUGUUAUACUUAGUGAGCUUGUUGACUUUUGAAUAUGGCGACUGUAAUAUUUAUCUCUUGGGAAAAACGCUUUUUAUCUUCAAAAAGAAAACUUUAUUCGUUCCUCAUUGGUGUCAGUGAAUGUAGAUUUGAGUUGAGAUAUAUUUGAUUUCAGUCUCUCAACAAUGAGAUUUAUCAAAAUCAAAACAUCAUCCGUACAAUUUUAACGUGGAAAAUUUAUUCAAUCGAUUACUUUGCUUUUUUUCCUACAAGUAAGAUUUUGAAUGGAUUGUAAAAAAGCAGGUUUCAUUGGAAUUUUUUUAGUGGUACUUAAGGAUUUUGUUUUACUUUCAUUUGCCUUCCAGAUAUUUACCACAGGCGCACUUCAUUGCUGCUCACAUGUGAAAAUUCAGACAGCAAUCUUGGCAUGUCUGCUGAACAGUGUCCUCUGAAAGCUCUAUCGAGUCACUGCACUCAAAGAGUAUUGGACGGUGUGAACAUGAGCCAAGGGCUUGUUCUUGGAAAGGAAAGAAAACAGAAAGGUAUUAGUGUUCGAUAGCCAUCUUAAUUUUACGAGGUAGAUUACGGUCUAAAAUGAAACUCAAACGGUUUAAUUUUGCAAUUGCUGAAAGAGUAUAUUUGUCAUGUUAGACACAGAAUAACCGAAGAGACAUUUAAAAGACAGUUUUAUUCACCGAUACACCGGUGUUUGUUUCUUCUACAGGAUAGCUAGAGCCUUGGAUGUUUCUUUCCGUUUAAGCCUGCGUGGAAAUUUCUUAUGUAACUGGGCAGGUGGAACGAUUUUCGGAAAUGUGAGGCGCGAUUUAUAACUUGUACAAUUGUGUUUUUAUUUGCGUUCUUCUGACUUUUGUCAAUUUUUCUCCAGUUUUCCUCACUCUUGGCAUUGUUGCAACGAAAGGCGAAGAGAGCAACCUGAUACAAGCUCUCUAUUCCUUGAAAAAGCAUAUCUCAAUAGAUGAGCAUGUCGACAUCGUGUUCGCUGUGGUUUCCGAAGGAGAUUCAAAAUCACUUCUCUUACAGCGCAUAAAAAGCGAAUUCGAACACGAAGUGAACAAAGGUCUCAUUCAGGUCUUACAUCCCACGGAUAAAUUUAAUGAGGCAGUCAACAUAGAACCCCUGGGAUGGGGUGAUUUGACAUUAACAGAGGAUUUUAAAAAGACUACAAUGGCCUUCAACAAAAGACUCUGUUUCCUUCUCGAGUACUGCUUUCGUUCGUCUAAACACUGCUUACUUUUGACCGAUCAAGCCCGUGCUUUGAAACCUUAUUUGUCAGUAAUCAAGGAAGUUGUAAACAGAAUUGAAGAGAAAAACCUUACACUUUACGCACAUGAUUUCGGAGAAAGGUCGCUGCCUUCCUUAGGGCGGCUUUAUUCGGAGGCUUUAGUUGGCGAUUUGGCUGAAUAUGCGGCUCUUUUCCCAGGGGGUCGUUUCCCUCAAUCAAUCAUAGAUGUCUUUGCAGCUCUGAAGGUUUCCAGUUCAUCAACAUCUCAGACAGGUGGUCAGUUCCUUUUUAAACUGGCUGCAGAGCCACGCGGUGCAAAACCAAGGGCUGAGUUUGACACAACUGUCGAGUGUGAGGAAGGUCAUGAAAUAGAGAAAGCUUUCAUUCAAGAAAGCUUUGCUUGGCUCCGGACACCGAAAAAGGAUGAUAAAGUUAUUGUGAAAUUCGGAAAACCUUUUGCAAUUUCGCGUGUGCUUGUAACCACUGGAAGUCCUUUUUACAGAGAUAUUAUGAUCAACAGCGAACUCCUCUUGUGCGCUAAUGAUAUGGAAACAAACACGUGCGAUGAAUCACAGUGUAAGGCAGUUGGGUCCUUCGCAGAUCCCAUUUUAGAUGUUAGAAACCUGGAAACUGUCGUGAGCUUUCCAGUAAAAUGCUUAAAAAUUUAUUUUACUGCGGACGCUAAGCAAUGGGUUAUGAUUCGAGAGAUUUCAGUUUGGCCAAGAGAAUAG